AUGGUUGACUUUAAUGUGAAUGGAAAAAUAGCAGUUGUCACUGGUGGAACCCGUGGUUUGGGAAUGUACUGCGCAGAGGCACUUGUCCAAAAUGGAGCCAAAACAGUUAUUAUCACUUCGAGAAAGGCUAAGGCUUGUGAAGAGGCUAAAACCCAUUUAGAAGAUUUGGCAAAGAAAGCUUCGAAACAGGUUCAAAUCAUCUCCAUUCCAGCAGAUUUAGCUGUGGAAGAGCAAUGCGAAAAUUUCUACAAAGAAGUGGCAAAGCAAGUUGAUAAAAUUGAUAUACUCGUGGCAAAUGCAGGAGCUACAUGGGGUGCACCUUUGGAAGACCAUGAAAUUAGUGCAAUAAAGAAAGUUGUAAAUUUGAAUCUCGUUGCAGUUUUCCACACCAUCAAAUUGUUUACUCCGUUAUUGGAAAAAGCAGCGACAAAAGAAGACCCAGCAAGAAUCAUACUCAUGUCAUCGAUCAUCAGUAUUAUAAACAACGACACCGUGGGCACUUAUGGGUACUUGGCUUCAAAAGCUGCCGUGUCUCACUUGGGAAGAAACUUAGCAGUACAGUUUUCACCAAGAAACAUCAAUGUCAACUCAAUUUUACCCGGUUUUUUCCCUUCAAAAAUGGCCAAUGGUUUAAUUGAAGCUGCUGGCCCCAUGUUGACAGAGACAAACCCAAGAGGAAGAUUGGGUGAGCGAGAGGAUUUACAAGCAGUGCUUUUGUUCUUGUGUUCGAAACAAGCCAAUUAUAUCAAUGGUGUAGAUUUACCCGUUGAUGGUGGUGCUCGCUUGAACACUCCCGCCUCCCAUUUCUGA